UGUUGGGGGGGUGGGGGGGACGUGGCUCAGGCUCCUGGUUGCGCCAUCACUUCCCGCACAGCAGGAAGCGAGUCAGAGCGUCCGCGCCACCCAGCCUGCCUGGACCCCGAGGUACUGACCCCCCAGGUCCCUGUGACACCCCUGGGCUCAGAUAUCCGUCCCCCCGGCCCAGGGAGCUGGGAAGGUGGCUCCCCACCCCAUACCAGGAUCUGGAAUUGAGCAGGCUGCUUCACCAGGAGCUGAAAGCAGAGCACCCUGCCCAGAACCCAGGCUGCACCAAGGCCCGCCCUUAACCCCCCAGCAUGGCACGCCAACCGGCCACACCCCAUGGCUGGAUUUGACGGCUUCCAGCACAGCAGCGGCUCCCCACGAUGCUCUCAUCCAAUGAGAUGACGGGACACGCCCACUGACGGCCAGUGGCCAUAAAGGAGAAAGCUGACUGGCAAAGGGUGGAGCACAUAGUUGUCCUUCCCAGCCAACUGGAUUGUUUCUUUGACUCUCGCUCUCCCAAGCCUGUGUGCAUGUGAUCAGCGGCCGCAGCUCUCCAUCCGCCAGGCCGUCUCAUUCCCGUUUUCCGGGGGGCCGUGCUGGGGGGGGGGAGGGCCAUGCAGUCAGAUGACCUCUUCGUCCGCAAAAUCCGGCGCCACUCUGCGCGGCCCCCUCUGGCCUCCAUCUCCUUCGACGCCAAGGGACUCCCGGCCCCCCUCCUGCGACCCCCCCGGAGUGAGGUGACCCAGGGGCUCUCCAGGGGGCAUGGCACCCCCCCUGGCCUGGCCCUAAGGCCUGCCAGCCACAUCAUGCACCGCAGCAACAGUGACGUGACCCUUGGGGAGGGAGUGCCGGGGGAUGGAACACCCCCCUCCUCGUCACUGGUGGGGAGUGGGGAUUGCGAGCUGCACCGGGACUAUGGCAGCCUGAGCUCCAUCGAGAAAGGCCCAGGCCCCCCCCGCACCCGCGCCCACAGCCACGAGGAGCCACGGGCGGGCAGCCCAGCUGCCCGGCGCUUCUGGGACCCCCUGGUGCUGCUGGGGCUCACGGGAGAUGAGGUGUGGGAGGGGGAUGGCCAGGGGUGUGGGACCACCAUGCCAGAGCAGGACAGGGGAGAAGAGCCCCCCAAGUUUCCCCCACAGAUCUGGGUGCGCCAGCUGGCCCACUAUGAUGUGCAAAGCAUCCUCUUUGAUCCAGGUGAGGCGGCCUGGUGCCAGGGCAGUGCCGGGCGCCGGGUGCGUAACAUCACCACAGGGGCCUCAGCUGCCUCAGCAGGGCCUGCCCCGACCCCUGUCCCUGAGGAACCUGACCCAGGUGAUGGCAAGGAUGGGCCUCUAGUGCUCAGUUGCCCCCACUUCCGCAAUGAGAUUGGGGGUGAGGAGGAGGGGGGACUGGGUCAGCGCCAGGAAGCAGGAGGGGGUGCUGGACAGCUGCCCAAUGCAGCCGUGUCGGUGCUGGAGGAGCCACGGGAGAGUUACCCCACCAGGGGCAGCCGGACCACCCACUGCAUUGAAUAUGCCGACCUGGGCGCCAGCUACUACCGCAAAUACUUCUAUGGCAAGGAGCACCAGAACUUCUUUGGGGUGGAUGAGCGCCUGGGAGCGGUGGCCGUGUCGCUGCGGCGCGAAGAGAAGGAGAAGGAGGGUGCCAGCCUGCAGUACAACUACCGCCUCAUCCUGCGCACCAGCGAGCUGCGGACCCUGCGUGGCUCAGUGCUGGAGGAGGCGCUGCCCCCCACCGCCCGUUCCCCCGCUGCCCGUGGGCUGUCCCCUAAGAAGCUGCUGGAGCAUGUGCUGCCCGAUCUGAACUUGCAGGGGCUGCGCCUGGCAUCCAACUCACCCAAGGUGCCCGAGACGCUGCUCAAGCUGGACGAGCAGGGGGUGAGUUUCCAGCGCAAGGUGGGAGUUCUGUACUGCCGGGCGGGGCAGGGCUCCGAGGAGGAGAUGUACAACAAUGAGGGGGCUGGCCCCCCUUUCCAGGAGUUCCUGGAGCUGCUGGGCCAGCACAUCCAGUUGCGCGGCUUCACCAAGUACCGGGCCCAGCUUGACACCAAGACUGAUUCCACAGGCACCCACUCGCUGUACACCACGUACCAGGACUAUGAGAUCAUGUUCCACGUCUCCACUAUGCUUCCCUACACACCCAACAACCGCCAGCAGUUGCUACGGAAGCGUCACAUUGGCAACGACAUUGUCACGAUCAUCUUCCAGGAGCCGGGCGCACAGCCCUUCACACCCCGCACCAUCCGCUCACACUUCCAGCAUGUCUUCAUCAUAGUGCGCGCGCAUGAGCCCUGCACCGAGCGCACUACCUACAGUGUGGCAGUGAGCCGCACCAAGGACAUCCCACUCUUUGGGCCACCCAUCCCAGCUGGGCACCGCUUCCCCCGGACACCUGUCUUCCGGGACUUCUUGCUGGCCAAGGCCAUCAAUGCAGAGAAUGCGGCUGAGCGGUCAGGCAAAUUCCACGCCAUGGCUACCCGCACGCGCCAGGAGUACCUGCAGGAUCUGGCACGCAGUCAUGCAACCACCACCAGCCUGGAGGCCUCCUCUUCCCGCCUACCCCUGCUCUCCCUGGGUGCCAAGAGAAAGGAGCGGGCCAAGGGGGCCAAGGCCUGGGAGCUGCAGAGUGCAGGGGCCCUGGUGUGGAGCGUGCGGGCACGGGAUGGAGACCGGGCUGCCCCCGAGCUGCCCUGCCUGCUGGGUAUCUCCGCCGAGUUCCUGGUGCUCAUCGAGGCCAAGGGCAAGCGAGUCAUUUUCAACUGCUCCUGCCGUGACAUGCUGGCCUGGACCUACUCCGACUGCGGCCUGGACCUCUACUACGGCUCCGGGGACUACAUCUCCGUGCGCCUUCCUGACGGCCAAGGGGAUGAGGUCAAGGACAUUGUGAACCGGCUGCAGCUGGUGACGCGAGGCUGUGAGACACGGGAGCUCACCCUGCUGCGGAACGGGCUGGGCCAGCUGGGUUUCCAGGUGGACAGCGAGGGCUUCGUCACCGAUGUCGAGCGCUUCACCUUUGCGGAGAAGGCCGGCCUACAGCCUGGUGCCCGGCUGGUGCGUGUGUGUGAGCGGGCACUGCCCGGCCUCAGCCAUGCCCAGACUACUGAGCUUCUGCGCACUGCCAAGAAAGUCACCAUCACCAUGGUGCCUCCUGACGAGAAUGGCAAGCCACGCAGGAGUUUCUCUGAGCUCUACGUGAAGUCCCUGCAGGAGAAGCGGCGCAGUGAUUCCCCAGCAAGGGAGCCCCUCCAGAUGGCUGGGGGUCCGGGGCCUGAGGGGGAGUUGAGACCAGCCACCCUGCAGCUGCUGCGCUCACUUUCCCUGCAGGACGGGCCCCCCCAUAGCCUGGCUGAGGAGCGCACUGAGUUCCUGCGCAGCCACAGCGAGGGCACUGCCCCCCCCAACCUGCCGUCCCAGAGCAGGGAGAUCCCCAUGUUACCUGACCCCACACCUGACCUCAUCCUGGCAGCCACGCCCAAGGCGCCCCCUGAGCAGGAAAUGGACCAUCCAGGAGACCCCACAUCAUUGGAGCAGGCUCCCUCCGAUCAUGGGGUCAUGGAUAGCCAGGCUCCGCCCCCUAGCGAGACGGCCCCGCCCACCUCAGACAUGAGUGACACCGAGAAAUUCCUACCCCGGACGCUCUCGUUGCGAAACUCCAUCACCAAGAUUCUGUCAGAAGCCGGUGAGUCUCUGGAGGAGGAGUGGGACUCCAUCUCCAACCUGGCUACCACCUGCAACAGCAUCCUAGAGGCGCUCUCGAAGGAAGCAGGACAACACGUGCUGGAAAGCAGAGAGCCCCCUGGUGCGAGUGGCCAGAGGAACCCAGGCCAGCAGCCCUCCGAGGAUGAAGGCCAUCGGUCCCGGUCGCUAUCGGAGAAGGUCUCUCACUUGGAGUCCAUGCUAAAGAAACUGCAGGAGGACUUGCAGCAGGAGCAGGCAGCCAAGGCAGCACUACAGGCUGAGGUGCAGAGUCUGCGGCAGAACAACCAGCGGCUGCAGCAGGAGCAGGAGAGUGCGGCUGCCCGGCUCAGCCAGGUCACCCGCCUGCUGUGUGGUUCCCCCAGCCAGUCCCUCUAGGGGCCUGGGGCCCCCUCAAGGCUCCCCUGCCCAGUCAUCCCCCCACCACCUCUGUCUCCUCAUUGACCCCACUUCCACUCUUCCCCUCUCUGGUCCACAGGAGGCACUGUUGUUACCCCCAGGAGGGACCACAAUCUGAACUGCACUCUGGGGGGCCCACUUUCCGACUGGCCAUGCACAGCGGAUUCUGACUACUAACCUCCCCAGAAUAUGGCUUCUCAUCUCUCAAGACUGUUACUUCCAUAGAGCCCAGCACAGACUCACCAGCCAAAAGGCCACUGCCAGGAGCAGGCCCGGAUAUCGGGGUACAGG